AUGCAAAUCUAUCUAUCUAUCUAUCUAUCUAUCUAUCUCUCUCUCUCUCUCUAUAUAUAUAUAUAUAUAUAUAUAUACAAGCACAUGAAAUAUCACCCUCAUUUUUUCUCCUUCAGCUUCUUGCAAUGUUAUGACCAUUCUUCUUCAGAAAAUGAUCACAGUUUUUUUCAUUUUCCCUGUUUUGUCAAUCUGUCUCCAUUCCCUCCUCUUUUGCUUUAUCCUCUUCCUUUUCUGUUGAUAUUCUUCCACUCCUCUUUGCUCUUUUUAUCUUCCUCACUUCUUUUUCUUCAUCUUCUUUUCUUUUUUUCUCUUCUUUCCUACUUUUCCUUCUUUGCCUUUUCUUUGUCUUCUUUCUUUUUGGUUAGUCAUUUUCUCCCUCUACCCUUUCCUUUCUCUUUUCUCUUUCUUUUUUCCAUUACCUUCUUCUUCUACUCUUUCCUUUCUCUUUCUUUCUUUUUUUCUAGUCAUCUUCUUCUUCUGCCAUUUCCCUAUUCUCUUUCUUUUUUAUCUUCUCCUUCUAUCCUUUCCUUUCUUUUUUUUUUUAUUAAUCUUUCUUUUUUAUUCACUUUUUCAUUUUCCUUUUCUUUUUUGGCUCUUUUUGUGACUUUCUCUUAUUUCUUAAUAUCUAUCCAUCUUUCCUUUCUUUACUUCAUCUUUUUAUUCAUCUCUUCCACUUAUUUUUUCCUCUUUUUUCUCUUUCCUUCAUUUUUUUUUUAUUCAUCUUCUCCUUCUGAUUUUCUUUUUUCUUUCUCCUAUUACAUUUUUUUGCUUUCCUUCCAUUUUUUACUCAUCCCUUUUUUCCUUCAAUUUUUCCUGUUUCUUUCCUCAUUUUACUCAUCUUCUCUCCUUUUUCAUCUUUACUGUUUUUUCCUUCUUUAUAUUACACUCAUUAUCACUUCUUUCCUUUUUCUUUAA